GGAUGACGUCAUGGUCGUUGUUUCGAAUGUCGGGAGCUAGCGCUGGGUAGGAGGCCGCGCGCUCUGCUGGGGACACAAUUUGUACAAAUCUGAAGCCCAAGGUCGUCGACAGCCCCCGGUACCUUCAAUUUCAGGAAUAUCCUCUCCCAUCCCCCUUACCCCCUCUGUCAGAGCAUGGCUCAGGAGACCAAUCAGACACAGGUGCCAAUGCUUUGCACUAUGGGAUGUGGUUUCUACGGUAACCCCCGCACCAACGGCAUGUGCUCGGUCUGCUACAAGGAACACCUGCAGAGACAACAGGGAGGGGGGCGUUCCAGCCCCCCGGGAGAGAAAGCUGCUACAUCACCGGCAGGAUCACCAGGGUCAGCUGGUGUGACUGUGGAGAGUACAACCUCAGAACCCAGUACAGAGGUGGCGGGGACCCCACCUGAGGAACAAACAACCAGUCCCAGCUCCCCCAGUCCAGUAACUCAACAGAUGACAGCUAUGAGCAUCUCCCAGGAUUCAGGAGCUGUAGACUCUGAUCGAGCGGAGGCUGAGGAGGGAGAAGAGGAGGGUACUUCCAACAGCUCAGAGCCAGUGGGGGAAGCAGCACAGGCCUUGUCUGAUAAUGACCAAACUCCUGAUAAAAACAAGAAAAAGAACCGCUGCUUUUCUUGCCGGAAGAAAGUGGGCCUUACUGGUUUUGACUGUCGCUGCGGCAACCUGUUCUGUGCCAUUCACCGUUACUCUGACAAACACGACUGUCCCUAUGAUUACCGGAGUGCAGCUGCUGCCCGCAUACGCAAGGAGAACCCUAUCGUGGUGGCUGAGAAAAUUCAGAAGUUAUGAGGACUGAGUGCAAAAAAAAAAUUCUCUGACUUUGUGAAUUUGAACAAUGGCGACUUGGAUGAAAACACCUGAUAUCAUGGCUUCAUUUGUUCAUGGUAGUCUAAGACGGGCGGGGUGGGGUGGUGAGGUCACGGCCACUGUCCAGACGCUUCCCUUACUAGCAUCUCCCUCUCUCUCCACCAGUGACUGCGGCUGAACCUGAGUGUUUUCUGUGUGUGUGCGCGUGUGUUUGUAUGAAAGUGUGUGUGUGUGCACAUUUGCUUGAGAGUCGGGGAGAGAGCUGUCAGGGCUUGGUGGACAUUAGUGUUGCUGUGGGGAGGGAAGGCAUUUGAUUUUACCCCUUUUUGUUUCUCAACUUGGGGGAUCGUGUGAGUUUAUUUUUAUACAAUCCCUGUAAGGUAGUUGAAAUGAGACGGGGGUAAGCUGUUAAAGAAUGUGUCACAGCCUGGAUAAUGACACAGAGCUCAAUUAAGGUCUAGAACGUUUAAAAGAAAAAACCUACCUGGGAGAUUUUGUGUAUCAGCAAGACCUUUUAAGGGCUUUGGAAUUUUUUUUUUUUUUUUCCCCAGACUGAAAAUGAUGUCAACUACUUGUCAAAUUGGCAUUUUUUUUCUUCCCACCUCUUUACUCUGUGGAUCACCACAUGUUGAACCCCCAAGUCUCAGCAUUUUCCAGAAAUGUUUCUCUUUGAUAUAUUGACUUAUCAUACUGAUAUUGGGUGCAUGAACAGUUUAUGGAGAGGGAAGGUCGGGGAGGGCAGGGAUAGGGGAAACUGAGAACCUUGACUUAACUGAGUGAUUGAAUUCUGUGUUUUUAUUUUAUUUCAUUUUUUUUUCUGUUUUAAUGAGCGUAUGACAUCAGAAGAUCUAUAUUAAUAUAUUGUAGUUAGCUUGAAUUGUGUGAUUGCAUUCUAUUUAUUUUUUAUCGUUUGGUUGGUCUGUGCUGGAGGAUUGGCAGCAUGUGUCAGCAAAUCACUAAGAUUUGCACUUAACCUUUUCAAUUAUAUUUAAGUAAUUCCAUCUUGAUUAUAUAACCAUUGAAUAAAAAAUACACAAGCUCUGACAUGAUGGAGUAGAGUCCAGUUAAGCCGUUACAACUACAAAUUGUGCAGUAAAAUGUCCAUAGUUUUGGAUUUGGAAACAAAGCACAACAAAGUGUGUCAACUGCAGAGCACAAACUAAUGUGCUACACCUACUCGGUUUUGUUCAGCAUCUGGGUCAUUUGCAGUUUAUAUUUGAUCAGUACAGCAGGCUCGCUAAAGAAAUUGCCUUCUUGUUCGAUUGACGAGACGUUCUGUUGUAGUAAGGCGGUGCGUACUCCUUGAAUGCCCUUUUCUGUUCGAUGGAGCGUGAAGCUCCAUGUUUCUCUAACCACCAGCAGACCACUGACACGUGCUGAAUGAAAACUGACCUGGGUCGCAUUGACUCUACACAUUGACACACCUUCUGCUCAGCUAAAGUAAAGAUCGUCGCAAUGCUCCAGAGUUGCGUGCUGCGCUUUUACGAUGUGCUCCGAUUCAGACGAGUCCUUUACUACGAAGAGCGCUUCUAGCUAGCUUCUUCUAGGAAGAUCAAAUUUGCGUGCAUGUGCUCGGUCAAACAUAUGAGUUACUGUGUUGUAACUGACUGCACAGUUUGAAAUGAAGCUGGAAUGUUUAAAAAGCCACAAAGCAGUAGCACAAUGCAUGGCUGGAACCCCGAGGUUCAAGUUAACAGGACUCUAAAGUUUCUUUUCCAAAUGUAAAUACCAUAUGGCUCCUAUUCAUAUAGUAUAAUCUUAAUGUAGAUUUUUGCCAGGUAAUUAAGGUGGGGGACUAAGGUGAAGAAUAGUACUAUGUGUAUAAAAGUGCUUUCAUAAUUAUCCAAAAAAAGAGAAAGUGCCACAACCGGCACUGAUUUUUUUUUUCUCCAUCUUGUUCCCCUUUCAUUUACAAGUUAUUUACCACCAUCAUCUGCCCAUGUAAUGUCCAAAGUAUGUUCAGUUACUGACUCUACCUAGAGGCCAUGUGGUCUCUUUUCUACAAUACUAGUCCCAUUGUUAACAAGCCCCUAUAAGCUUUAUUAACCUCGCUGAAUUACACAGUAUCCCAGCCCAUGCUUUUAUCCUGUUACUGAAGUCUAUUCCUAGCAUAGUAAUAUUACUGAAAGUUUAAAAGGCCCUUUGUGAGACACAGAGGGACAUUUGAGGUAUCAUCUUUUCAUUAUUAAAAGCCUUCCUUGUAAAUGUUGCUUGAUCUUGAUCAUUAAAUAUUUAUGAAAGAGCUGCAGACAAGUUGCGAGGAAUUUGCAGAGCAUGCAUUCUCAGAAUAAGCCAACGCAGGAUGUGUUGGAGGUGUAGGACACUUUUCCUUGUAUACACAGAAUAUCAUGGACCUGGUUGGCUCUCGUUCAGGCUCCUUUCAUUGAAUUAUUGGCCUUCAGAGCUCCUGUUGAAGGCGUAGUGUUGGUGAUGAACAUGUCUAAAUAGCUUUGACUUGGCAUGCCAACCCCCAAACUUUUUUUCCGAGGUUAAGUUGGUCAUCUAAGUCCCGACUGUGAUUUUAUCGCCACCAGUGGAAAUUCAGACGUUUGAGGAUUUUUGAGUGACGAUUACGUACAAGCAUAUUUAGGGGAACUUGUGUUUGGAGCAGCUCUGCAGUCUGGUGUUUCCCAAAGUGUAUCUUCAUAUAUUCAGAAUAUUCAAACUUGCCUGCUGGGUUGACGGCCAUUACAAAAUAGUCGGCCACAAAAUGCUACAUUUUCCUCAACAGAUUGAAAGUCCUUUCAGAGAAAAAGUCACGUGAGAUGAUUGUUCAGUUAGUGAAAUCGUGAGGAGUUCAUGGUUUACACUUGCUGUUUUCUAUUGACUGCUCGUAUCAAACCCCAACUCCUUGUUUUCUUAAUAAAUAUGAGCAGUUUGAAUGUAAACCACCAUAAUUCACAUCAGCUGUAAUGUCAUUUAUCAAACUGCCUAGCUCGGAUAUUGACUAUAUAUCUUUGGGCAGAAGAUGGAGGCCCAGUUUUCGUACAUGUGAUUUGGGACAGUUGGAUCACUAAAAUUGUUUUGACAGUUUGUGAUGAAGGACUUGGCACCAGCAAUUAGGGCAACCAUACCUGAAUAAUUUAGAUAUUCUCAGUACAUUUUUUUCUUCCUUCUGUUCUGUUGCUUUGAUAGAGUUUUGAUGUCUUCAAUCCUGUCUUUAGCACAACCUUUCAUAAUCAGUGUCUUCAUCAUGCAAAGGUUUUGAUUGAUAAUGAACCUGUCAGUUGUGAUGAAUCUGGUUGAAAUUCAGUGUCGCUGCAGAUGUGAAGACAAAUGACAAUGACUUGAUUCAUUCUGUCUUUCAAGAUGAGCUUGAGGGACAUCAAAUGAAAUCUACAAUGUUCGCAGAGCUGUAGUUCUUGUCCCUUGGCACUCCAGUCCCCCAGAAACACCACCAGAUAUCUUUUUAUUUUGUUUUUCUUUCAAGAUUUAGGAUUGUAUGAUGUGUAAGAGUAAGUAUAAAACAAUAAAUUCACAAAGUUUAUUUUAAGCUA